GUCUUAGAGAGAGAGAGAAAGCGGGGAAGUAAGGUGAGAGCGAGAGUCUGAGAGAGAGAGAUAGAGAAAACGGGGGAGUAAGGUGGCAAAGGAAUAAGAGUGAAAGUCAACAAGAGAUGACACAUGACCCAGAGUAUACUUAGAGAGGGGUGGUGCCAUUACCGAAACUUUGCUCAUCCCCCUUAGAUUUGUUUCCACCCUCUUUUUUUCGAGAUCUGUGGCAAUUAAUCCACACUUGAGGUCUACUCUUCACCACAUGCGGUUGUCUGCGGAGGAAAGACUUCAGACCGGUUCCUCAGGGUCAGUUUUGUGACCUAAUCUGACCUGAAUUCUACACUAUACUCCAUACGUUAUUAUUCUACACGCUCUAGAAAUAAGGGAUCAGUUGUGUGGACCACCAUGACCAUGCUGGAUCCCGACUAUGUAUUGAAAGACAGCGGCAGCAGUCUCGGCAGCAGUGUCGGCAGCAGUCUGAGCAUCGCGGCCGGCAGCAGCAGCAGUAGUGGUGGCGGCGGCAGCAGCAGCAUCAUCCGUGAGUGGAGUGGGCAGGUCCAGCCGGCUCUCAUCGCCUCGUUCGUCUUCCUCUUCUGCCUGGAGGCAUGCCUGUGGGUGCGCAACCUGCGGCUCAAGAGGAGGCUGCCGGGCCCCUUCGCCUGGCCCGUGGUGGGCAACGCCAUGCAGCUGGGCCAGAUGCCUCACAUCACCUUCUCCAGGCUGGCCAAGAAGUACGGCAACGUCUACCAGAUCCGCCUCGGGUCCAGCGACAUCGUGGUGCUGAACGGCUACGGCGCGAUUCGGAAGGCCCUGCUGCAGCACAGCACCGAGUUCGCCGGCAGACCCAACUUCGAGUCCUUCACUUUUGUGUCAGGGGGCAAGAGCAUAUCGUUUGGCAACUACAGCAAGGAGUGGAAGACGCACCGCAAGAUCGCGCAGUCCACCAUCCGGGCGUUCUCAUCGGCCAACAGCGAGACUAAAAAGACAUUUGAGAAGCACAUCGUGGCCGAGGCCAUGGAUCUGGUGAAAGCCUUCGUGGAGCUCAGCGAAAACGGGCAGUGCUUCAACCCGGGACUUUCGCUCACCGUGGCCGCCGCCAACGUCAUCUGCGCCCUCUGCUUUGGAACGCGGUAUCUCCACGACGAUCAGGAGUUCAGGAGCCUCCUGAAGCGAGUGGACAAGUUCGGGGAGACGGUGGGCGCCGGGAGCCUGGUGGACGUCAUGCCCUGGCUGCAAUCCUUCCCCAACCCCGUGCGCAGCAUCUUCCAGAACUUCAAGGACCUCAACGAGGAGUUUUUCAACUUCGUCCGGGGCAAGGUGGUGUACCACAGGGAAACGUUCAGCGCAGGCGUGACCCGGGGCAUGAGUGACGCCGUCAUUGAGGUGAUUGACAACUCUGACGAGGACAUAGGACUCACCGGUGCACAUACGGAGGGCACGGUGGCUGACUUCAUUGGCGCGGGGCUGGAUACCGUGUCCACCUGCCUGCACUGGAGUCUGCUGCUGCUGGCCAAGCACCCCGACAUCCAGGUGCACCUGCAAGAGCGGAUUGACAAGGUGGUCGGCCGCGACAGGCUGCCCUCCGUCGACGACAGGAACGAGCUGGCGUGCGUGGACGCCUUCAUGUACGAGACGAUGCGCUACAUCACGUUCGUGCCGCUCACCAUCCCCCACGCCACUACGGCAGACGUCACCCUGGAGGGCCUCCGCAUCCCCAAGGACACAGUGAUCUUCAUCAACCAGUGGUCCGUCAACCACGACCCCCAGAAGUGGAAGGACCCGCACCUUUUCAACCCGUCACGCUUCCUGGCUGAAGACGGCAGCCUGGACAAGGACCUGACGUCCAGCGUCAUGAUCUUUUCCACGGGCAAGAGGAGGUGCAUCGGGGACCAGAUCGCCAAAGUGGAGGUGUUUCUGUUCACAGCCAUCCUGUUGCACCAGUUUAGUAUCGAGAGCGAUCCUACAAAGGAGUUGGAUUUAAACUGUUCAUAUGGGUUAACUCUGAAACCCCUGGACUACAGAAUCCAUGCCAAACUCAGAGGGGAUCCUGUUAAUGUGGCAUAAGCUCUGCUGUUACUAUUUUUAAACAUAACUUUAAAGACCCACCACUCUCAGACUACUAUUUUUCUUUAAACAUGGCUAAAGUAAACACCUCUCAGACUACUAUUUUUCUUCAAAGACCCACUCGUAGAAGAAAUCAAGAACCAGAAAACAAUUUUAGAACAAGUUUAUUGUAUACUUUGUACAGCAAAAAACACCUGAAUAUGUGCCUCUGGGACCACUCAAUGUAAGUGUAUGGUCAUUUUUAGUAUUAUUAAUAUCAUUGAUGAGGAUCAUUGAUGAUCAUUCCUUUUUUGUAUGGUCUUUGAUUUGAUUUCUUGUUUUUUUAUAUUACAUUUUUGUCUUUAUGUAUUUUAUAAUAUAUAUUAUAUCUCAUAGUUACUGACUGCACCUUGAGGGGAUGUAAGAUAAUUAUAUGAACUCAUUUUGAAAAUCGAAUCGAUGCACAUUACAAAAAUAAACACAUGUAUUUUGUCUUUGACUGUUUACACAGUAUGUUAUUUCAAAGUCUGGCGGUUUGACAUUUGUUUGGAGUUGCGAGAGAGUUAUCGAAGUUGUCAGACACAGUAGGAGGUAGACAUCUUAAAAAAACAACCUCAGAGAAAGGAAUUUGGGGAGGGGGGGGGGGGGUUUAUCAAGAGGACGUGAUUCAGUACCACUUGUGGCAAACUGCAGUAUCAACAAAAUGCUGUUAUGUGCUUGCCUAAAACCACAGCUUACCAUAAAAUUAAAGCAUCAAUUGUUGGCAAAGGGACCUCAUUGGCUUUGUGAUCAAACCACAGUUAUUCCGUCUGGCACUCAAAGACCGGUGCCAGAGAUGUCGAAAGUAAAGGUAGAAGGUCUCUUACUGUAACAGCAACACUGGUACAUGCUUUUACAAAGCUUACACACCAGCUAUUCCACUGUAACUAAUGAAGUCAUACACUGUUAGAGCACUUUGACUUUUUCUUUAUACAGUACAGAGAUGUCAAAAGUAAAAGUAAAUUCAUAGAGUACGUACAACACUGGCGCAUUAUAUUAUUACA